AUGGUCAACAUGGGGCUUCUUCUUGUCACAAGCUCAAUACAUGAAGAGCUACUAGAAUGGGCUGGCAUGGUGAACUGCAAGCCCAUCAACACUCCAGUCGACACCAAGGCAAAACUCUCUAGCUCAGCUGGCGCCAAGUUCCAUGACCCGAUAUUCUACUGCAGCUUGGAUGGGGCACUCCAGUACCUGAUGAUGAUGCACACGAACAUCACGUACAUCGUGCAACAUGUUUGCCUGCACAUGCACAACCCGCAUGAUUGUCACAUGGUACUGAUCAAGCACAUACUCCGCUACGUUCGUGGCACCACCGACCUCGGCAUUCACAUCCACGGCUCGCCAUCAACGGACAUCGUCGCAUACUCCGAUACGGAUUGCGCGUUGUGCCCAGGCACACGCCGUUCUACACUGAGCUACUUCAUGUACAUUGGUGGCAUCCUAGUCUCGUUGUCGUCCAAGAGGCAACCCACUGUCUCUUGGUCGAGCGUACAAGCCGAAUAA